AUGGCUUAUUUAUCCAAGGANUGUACCAGCCCCUGCAAACGGCUUGACGAGGAGCUGAAGCGUAACCUGGAGACAUUGCCCUCAUUCUCAUCAGAUGAGGAAGAUUCUGUUAGCAAGAACCAAGACCUGCAGAAAAGCAUCUCCUCAGCCAUCUCGGCGCUCUAUGAUCCCACAGACCGUAAAGAUGGAGAACCCAAUGAUGUACCACCAGUGGAGGUGAAAGCCCCUAGCCCUGCUCCUUCCGUGGAGGCAGAUGUCCAACCAGAGCAGCCACCUCCACCCAUCUCCCCAGCCCCAUCACUCAAGGAGCCUCCCCCGGUGCUUGAAGAGCUACCACCACCACUGCUACCAUUACCACCACCACCACCACCACC